GACGUCAAAGGCGACGGGAUGGAGGAGGUGCCUCAGGAGUGCCCCGGGACCGGCAGUGCCCAAGCGGGCCGAGGGGCCUCGUGUCAGGGAUGCCCCAACCAGCGGCUGUGCGCCUCGGGAGCCGGUGCCGCCCCGGACCCGGCCAUCGAGGAGAUCAAGGAGAAGAUGAAGACCGUGAAGCACAAAAUUCUGGUGCUGUCGGGGAAAGGCGGCGUUGGGAAAAGCACGCUUAGUGCCCACCUGGCCCACGGCCUGGCAGAGGACGAGAACACGCAGGUUGCUCUCCUAGACAUUGAUAUAUGUGGGCCGUCAGUUCCCAAGAUAAUGGGAUUGGAAGGCGAACAGGUUCACCAGAGUGGCUCGGGCUGGUCUCCAGUGUACGUGGAGGACAACCUGGGCGUGAUGUCGGUGGGCUUCCUGCUCAGCAGCCCUGACGAUGCCGUGAUCUGGCGGGGACCCAGGAAGAAUGGCAUGAUCAAGCAGUUCCUGCGAGACGUGGACUGGGGCGAGGUGGACUACCUCAUUGUGGACACGCCGCCCGGAACCUCCGACGAGCACCUCUCCGUGGUCCAGUACCUCUCGGCGGCCAACAUUGACGGUGUGGUGAUCGUCACCACCCCGCAGGAAGUAUCGCUCCAGGACGUCCGGAAAGAGAUCAACUUCUGCCACAAGGUGAAGCUGCCCCUCAUCGGGGUGGUGGAGAACAUGAGCAGCUUCGUCUGCCCCCGGUGUAAGAAAGAAUCGCAGAUUUUCCCGCCGACCACUGGUGGCGCGGAGGCCAUGUGCCAGGACCUGCAGAUCCCGCUCCUCGGCAGAGUGCCUCUGGAUCCACAGAUAGGAAAGAGUUGUGACAAAGGACAGUCUUUUUUGACUGACGCCCCAGAUUCGCCAGCCACAUUAGCCUACAGAAGUAUAAUCCAAAGAGUCCGAGCGUUUUGUCACCGACACCCUUCCCACGAGGAGGAGCAGCGCAGCACGUCCUGAGCGGAAGCGGCAAGGACAGGCCAGAAACGCUCAGCCAGGGCCCAGUCAGCAGCACGUGGAGCGUGCCGUGCGCAUGGGCACAGCGGCGGGGCCCAGUCCCUUCCCAGGGACGCUCCGUGUCUAAUUCUGUGCAUAUGCAAAGAGCCUUCCUGACAAGUGUGCUGAUUUCCAAAUAAAAAACAUCUCCUUCCCCUCUG